AUGCAGACCCAGGUGUCCCGGUAUCUAUAUGGCCGUAUUAGUAAUUAUUUUACUUCCUCAUUUGGUUCAGAACACAACGUUGAAAAGGGCUUGUCCCCGUUCCUCACCGCCGUAUCGGCGUUUUAUGAGAGAUUGUGCUACGACCCAAAGCCCGGCAGUUAUGGCGGUGUAAACGAGCAGCAGGUUGCCGACGCACUCCUCGAGUGCCUCCCCAAGUUCCUCGCAGCGAUCUACUAUUUGGAGUACUGCGUGAAUCCGACUUUCAAAACGCUGGGUGGAGGGUGGUGGGAAAAGAACUGGACUGGGUGGGAAGAGGAUCGGUGGCACGUGUUCAGUUACCCAAAGUAUGGCGGUGACCUGCAGAAAUAUCUCAGAGCGCAAACAGGCGGCGAGUACGGUGGCCUCAUACCCGGGGGCUUCGGUGAAAACGAGGUGAAAUAUAACCCAAAUGUGUUGCACCGUGGCUACCCUCAGGGUUAUGCUAUGGUCGAUGACCUACAGGCCAUUUUGAGAAAAGCACCAUACAAUUUCCUCCGCAGCGUGUUCGUCAGUUCCACUAUGGGAGGUUCAGCCAAACCGAAAGAGAGAACCGCGAACGCUCUCUCGUUGGUGAGAACCUUCUGCCACAUUGUGGCUGCGGAGGCAAAGCAAAAUAGAGAAGGCGGAGAGUUGAUACAGAAAUUGAAUAAAGACCUUCAAAAGGUAAUGUCCUUAAAUUCCAUAUGUUGGAAGGACUUACAAUCCCAUUGCGCUCAGCUUGAACAACAAUUUAGCAGAUUGUUCGCCGAAAAACGCUUUGACUUUACUGGGCAGUCAACGGGACUUAAAGACCUUCAGACAGAGGAGCUUGCAGUCAAAGCAGCGGAUUGGUUGAGAACGAAUUUGAUCAAUGUGCGGGGGAAUUUGCAGCAUAUUGAGAAAUCUGCGAAAAAAGAUCUUGGGGAUUAUUUCACUAGAAAUCUCUUCCCCUACGGAUUCACAUUCGAUGGAAGGAAACGCUUCGAAAUAUCGAAAAAGGAAGCGCAGAGAUUGCCGACGGAAUUGUCAGAUGUAAUAACUGAGCUUCAGAAACCACGUGACGGCGGUUUGGAUAGGCUUAAAGACAUUUUGCAUGGUGACGGAGAAAAAACGUGUCAAGAGCCUCCGCCUGAAAAGAAAUCUGCAGGAACUCCCAACCAGGGCAAGAAGGCGGAUGUAACUCCAACUCCGUUGCCUCCAAAUCAAAAUAAUGAUCAAAGUGGAGGACAUUCUCCGGAUUCACCACAUGGAAGGUCUGUUCCACCUCCGCCUUCCGAUGUGACAGGAGGUCAAGGCCCGCAAGGGCCUACUGGUCCAGGGGAUCCGGUGUUAUCUCCAGAUCAAGUUCUGACAAAUCCACAAGUUGUUCAACCUCAACAACCUGCUACUCAACUCCCCCCAGGUCCUCCACCUCCACCGCCUGUUCCCCCCGGCCCCGCUGCAGCCCCUGGCCACCCUGGUACGCCAGGUGUAACGGGUCAGGGUUCACCGGCCGAUACAUCUCGAAGUUCACAGCCUACUGCCCCUCAAGUCACUGUGCUCACUCAGCCUACGAGUGUUUCAGGGUCAAGCUCUGGGUCAGCUGGUGAUCAGGGGAGUGGGCAAAGUGGUGGUGGAAGCGCCGCGAAAGGCGGUGGUCAACAAGAUACUCAAACUACAAGCAGCGUCCCUACUACGUCGGCUGGCACGGCGCCUGGUGCAGGUGGGAGUGGAGGGACUCAAACACAGGCUACGUCUAAUAAUCUUAAUAACUGUAGUGAUGGUUACACUUCAGGAAAAGGGUUGUCUGGCAAUGAUAUAUGUUUUCGAAAUUAUACGAUGCCCGCCCCAAAUAGAUCAUUCGACGAUAUAUGGCAGCCACCCCUAAAACAUGAACGUGACGAGCAUUUUAAAUCAAAAUCACAAAACAAUUCACGUAUUAAUGCCCACACCCUUCCUACUCAGCCAAGCCACCCUGCUUUCGGGCCUUCCCAUCAUCCUUCUGGUGCCCGAGGUUUUAAUCAGCGUCCCUACUACAAUCCACAGGAGAGGGGCGCCGGGGAGGUUGGCACGAAUAUGAUGGCUAUGCCGCCUUACGAAGUCAAGGGUUCUCCUGUUAACCAUCAUCGCAGUGUUGUACCCCUUUCCAAUGACGUUAUAACAAAAUUCUCCAUUUCUGGUCAGGCCAUGCCAGAUCAUUCCAAUGAUAUCCUAGAUGUAGUUGUGGAACAAAAAAGAGAAGAAGCCCAUCGACAACUUUUAGAAAAACAGAGAAGUGAGGCACAACAAAGGGAUGAAAUUAAGAGAAAAUUAAACAUCAUCGCAAGCGACGUAAAUGAAUCCCAGAAAAAAUUGAAGGAUGCUGCAGAAAAAGAAGCUGCUCUCAAAAAGAAGCUUGACGCUAAAUAUAAAGAUGCUGUAGAACAUCUUAGAAGGGACACUGCACAGAGGGAGAAGGACUCCGAAGCGUUGGAUAAAAAAUUACGAAGAUUGGUGGAACAAAAAAAACAGGAAGAGGAAAAUGAGCGCAAAUUACAAGCAACCCUGAAAGCUAAUCAUCCUCUUGUCAAAGCGUCCGAUUACUAUUACCAUUAUCGGCCUCAUUACUACAAUAUCCCUCCGUCGUUUGCAGUUGACGACGGCGGUGGAGUCACGCUUGACGGCGCCGCGCAGGAAGAUACAUCACGCGCAAUACAAGCUGUUAACGAAAAGCUUAGGAAUGAGCAGGACCGUUGGGACAGGCAUUAUGCACAACAAGAUAAACGUAACACGGAAUCGCGACGACGAGCGAAUGAUGAGAAAACUAGAUUCCUGCAAGAUCAUAUAACUAUGAUGAAGGACAUGGAAACGAAGAAACGGUUAGAAGGUGAAAAAAUGUACAGAGACGAAAUAAAUCAACGAGCUCAAAAAACAAUUGUAGGAAAUCCUAUUUUGUCAGAUGAUGCAUUUUCUCUGCCACUAGUACAGCACAUCGAUCCCCCCUUGCCGCCUACACCGGAUACCACAGGACAUUCUAUAUCCGAUCCUAAUCGUAAUCAACGCCUACCGCCGAUUACAGACAGAAGUAUGCUGACCGGUGUACCUCCUCCAGUUCCUCCAGCUGAAUUAGAAAUUACAAAAAUACUUACGCCUAAAAACACAGCAACAACAGAGAUGACCUUUUAUACGCCAGAUAUCAUUAUCCAACCCAAGCCUCCAACCAUCUCACCACCUUUCAUCGAAAUUGGACCUUUCGGCUCAGAAGUUGCUGACCCUAAAGUCGACCCGUCUAAAAUGUCUCCUGAAUUAAAACCGGAAUUGCCACCUGAAGCAUUGGACUUCGGCAUAUUCAUUCCCCCCGUCGCCGGAGCAGACGAUAACCCCGAUGUGAAGCUUCUGCCAUUCCAAGAACUCGUCCAACUUGGCAAACCUGUACCACACAGAGAGUUGUUGAUGCCGGAAAACGAAAAUGAGUUCGACGCAUUUGACUUUACCGUUUCCGCCACCGAUGGUCUUGCGAAAGAAGGCAUCACUCCAACUUGCCGUAACCCCUGGUACGUUGCUCCUUCCGCCACUGAUCCCACCUCACCAACCCUCUCCCCUCCCCGAACCACCGACCAUCUGCCUCCGCCCACCACCGUCCGGGAGAUGCUCCACUGGAUGGUUGGAAUGAACCAAAAGGGUUAUAUUCCUUUCAUUGAGGAACAUCUGAAAGACCUUUUGAGGGAGUAUAGCAAGGAUGUCUCACAAUCUCCAGAUGCAAUUUAUGUAACCGGGAAACCAUACACUCUGGACGCUUCUCAUGUCUCCAACACUCUGACCCAGGCAUGUCUCUACGCGGCCACGGUUCUCCACAAGAUGAAGUAUAAGGACUCCAAGGAUGCUCCAACAACUCUAAACUUCACCUCAGAAUAUUCCAAGCUUUGUUAUUCCGACGACCCCGCUCGCCUCCUCUGCCAACUGCGGGAGUACGUCUACGCCUGCUACCACCAGCUGGCGUUCCUGAAGUCGCAGUGUUCUCGGGAUAAUUCUCAGGGAGGUUGGCAGGAUUAUCAUUACGGUCAAACUAUCAAGGUGCCUUCCCCCCUCCAGGCUUUCCUGACUGACGCCCCCGACUCCAGCUUCAAGACGCAUCCCUUCGACCCGUCUGACAUAUGCCUCACGAGCCGCGUCAGGAUGGGAUUCACAAUGGAGCAUCUGCCUGAAUCUCAGCAAACUGGCAACGUCCUUCUCAUCAUCCUCUCUCCCGCCUGUGGAGGCGCGGAUCCCCUGCUGACUCUGUGCUCUUACCUCAACUGCCUCACCAGGCGGACGCCGCGCACCGCCGGGGAGCUUGUAACCUUCUUCCACAAUAUCGGGAAUUCACUGCACAAUGCACCUUCAAAGGUGUCUCCAUUGGGCUCCGCUCUCUCCAAGUCACAUGACGACUGCCCCGACUGGGACCGCCUUGCUGCCGACGACCUCCAUGUCAUCAAGGUGUUCAGAGGUUCCGCCACUCUCAACUCCAACGCCAACCACGACAAGAACCAUCCCAACACCCUGUCCACGCUGCUUGGCUGCGACAUCGAUAACGUCAACUGCCAACAACUCUUGAAGCCCAUCACCUACCGGGCCUACACCCUGUACUCCCCGAGCUUCGUCCACCACUACCUCAGCUGGACGGUGUACCUACCCGACAGACUUCACGAGUCACUGGAAAAGCUGCUAUAUGACCUCGAAAACCUUCAAUGUUCCAUGCUCAAAUCCCUCCACCAGUGUACCAAGGCCAUGCCCCUCCUCUACCUACACGGGAUCACACCGCCGGACAGGACACUGCAGUCUCCACUCACGUGCUCGGGUUUCAUCACCAAGCUGAGGGAAGUGAUCAACGGAAAGCCUAUCGUAAGCCUCAUGAACGCCAUGGACAAUUUCUUCUACGGCAUCCGUCUACCCUUCCUCUACACUCUGUUCACGUUGUGGUCUAUCGCCACGCUCUACAUCGCCCACACGAUGCUCUACCGCCUGGACAUAUUGCGCAUCCGCUCUCACCUCAUGCGCUCCAAGGCGUCCCACCUCAUCGACGUCAAGGCUUUACUCGCCGGCAGCCGCAGGAUGCCCUCGCUCUACAAGGACGACUACUUCGAUAAAAAGGCCAAGGAGGCCUAUGAAAAGUUGGACGUUCACGCUGAAUUGAGCAAGAAUGUUGAGAAGAUUGUGGACGCUAAUAAGGCAAUUAAUGAAGUUCAUAAUAAGCUUGGUGAUGUCCAUACAAAAUUGGGAGAGUGGAAUGCGGAGGCCAAGAAAGUGCUUGACGGGGCGAUUAAAAAUGCUCAGAGUGUACAUGAUGCCUUGGUGAUAGAUAGUGGUUCAGGGCAAUUGAAGAGGGAAAUUGACCAAAUAAGCUCAAGUAAUGAGGCAAUUAAUGAGGCAAAUAAAACUCUUGCCAGCGAAGUUGACAAUUUAGGUAAGUGGAAUGCCGCCGCCAGGGAAGUGAUUCACAAGGCCAACGAGAAGUGUGAGGAGAUACUUAAGAAAGUUAAGACAGAUAAAGGUUCUCCAGGUCCGAUUUAUGAGAACGCUAAAACAUUGAAUGAGAAGGCUCAGACACUUUUAAAGGCUGCGAAGUCGGCCAAGGAGGCUGUUGAGUCUAAAGUCGGCGAGGCCCUGAAGGCUGUUGCGGCCAUGGACACAGAUCUCAAGAAGGAUUUGAGGAAUGUUAAAGAGAAUAUUAAGAAAGGGAUAACUAAGGUGAUUGAAGAGUUGAAAGUUAAAGAAUUGGAUGCGAAAGUGCAGAGUGAUUUGGGGGAGUUGAGGAGUAAGAUUAGUGGGCUUAAAACAGAGGUUGAUAAAUCAAAUGGAGAGAGCCUCGUUAAAGAGGAAUUGUCUAAGCUUGCAGCGGAGAAAAUUAAGCUGUAUAAUCUUGCAGGUUCGGACAAAGGUAAAAUUCAGCAGGAAACUGCGGGCCUUGAAACUAAGUUCAGGGAUAACAUCCAAAGUCCGCUUAACGAUAGAGUCAAAGCAGUUGACACGGCGAUUGAGAAGCUUGGCGGGAAGUUUAAUAAGGAUGAUAAAAAACUUGUAACGAUUUUCGACCAUAUUAAACAGAAGGUUGGGGAGAUUAAGGGGAAGGGAGGCACUCCAAAAACUGGCAAACCUUGGGAAAUAGAAGGUGCCACAGGUCUGGCAGGCAUCGCACAGGGAGUGGAGCAUUAUUUCACUUUUUUCCAAGGUAAAUUCGGAGAUGCAGUCGGCGGUUGGAUCGAUGACAUUCUGCAGCACAACGGUGUGGUUAAGAGGCUGCUUGGCUGGGAGAGUAAGCUGGCGGAUACACUUAAGGAGGACCUGAAGAACAGUGGUCUCGGAGGCUUAAUUAAGUCUCCGAUUAAUGACAAAAUUGAGCAGGCAGCUGAUGAUGCAGCGUUCAGUGACGUUGAUGUUAACGCCGGCAUGAAGGACAAAAUUGAAAAGGUCAAAAAUGUCUGCGAACUGUUUGCCCAGCAUCUUGAGCAGAAUCUGAAAGAGGAGUUGAAAACUGGCGUUCUUGCCUUGGCCUUGAAGGCUAAGAAGACGAUGGUGGAUGAAGUUCCCGAACGGAGCAGCGAAAAAAGUCACUUAAAAAGUAUCAUAGCAAGUGCAGAAUGUAAAUGCGGAAGCUGCACCAGCAAAAAUCCAGAUUACUGCAUGAAAUGCACAGACGCAAAAUGCAUCCUCACUCAAGCCAUCGCCACCACGCUCCUCGUCGUGUCCUCGGUGUCCCGCCAGGUGGGCAAGGAGCUUCAUUCAGUGCUACUUGGCGAGGGAACCGCAACGAUAAACAUCGCACAACUAUUGGAUGAUGCUAAAAAAACAACCGAUGAGCUUCACGAUCAGCUUACCGCGGCGACUGAAAAGUCCAGGUCGCCUCCCAGUCUCCAAGGCCAAAAUGAAAGCCCCGCCCAAGCCGUGGACAGUAAGUUGACGGCGGUGAGGACAGAGGUUGAGGGGCUUGAAGAGAACUUUAAGAAAGUCAAGCAGAAUCUGGAGGCUGAGGUUGCCAAACUUCCCUCAGCCGUUGAGACUUUCAACACUAAAGCUCAAGCACAGAUCAAGGAAGCGGCCAAGACGGCGAUUGAGCAGGCGGUUGUGGAAAUCGAGAUGGACGUUGAUGGCAAAGUAAAACUUGAUGAACAUGGUCAGAUGUCUAAUUUCGAAAAAGCCCACAAGAAGAUUAGAGAUCAGCUUGACAGUGACCUCAAACAGAAAGUUGAUGAGCACAUUGGGAAGGAUGACACGGCAGGUGGUGGAACAGAAACGAAAGUUGACCUAAAUAUAUCCACUGGUUUCACUAAGUAUAAUGUUUAUGUUAAUCACAAAAAGAUGAAGAACCUUCAAGCUGGUGAGUCUCUACAAGGCGUUAAAGAGGAGGGUCACCUUCCACUGGCGAUCGGGAGCAUCAAGACUCUGGGUCUGAAAGCACUGAAUGAGGGUGAAGCAGAUACAAUAAUCAAAAACGGUGACAAAACCUUCACCGUUCCGUUCGGCGAAAUUACGAAACAGCUCGGAGAGAUCAAGGAAUUGGUUAGUGACAAUGGCAGUGAUGACUCAGAAAAAGGCGUCAUGAAAUUGUUGGAGAAGCUUCAGGACGCACUGAAUACAGGAAAGUUGGAGGGAGCUGAGAAAGGUCUAGAAGAAAAUAACAAUGCGAUUAACGCUCUGCAAACCGGCGACUUUAAAAGUCAACCCGAAGCAAUCGACGGAGCCGUCCAAGCAAUUAAGUUGCAGCUUGGAGAGCUUAGAGAGAAGUUGAAGAAUAAGAGCGGCAAGCCGGAAGAUGAUGUUAUUGAAAGACUGGAAGAUAUGAAAUUGCAGGGGCUUGGUGAUAAGGAUUGGACACCGAACGGUAAAGAAGUCAGUGGUCUUGGGAAAAUCGAAGAUGACCUCAGCACUGAAAUUAAGAAGUUGCCCGAAGAGACCAGAAAAAUCACCAAUGCCAUCGUCAACAUUCAGUGGACGCUUGCAACUGUAAAAAUUAAGUUGGAUCAUGUCCUCAUUGCUGAUGAUGUCAUGGACAAUUUGAGAAAAUUAAAAAUGAAGAUUGGUGAAGGCGAUGCAAAAAAUGCUCAACAGAUUCAUAAUUACAUUAGUACGCUGCAAAAGGACCAAUUUACUAAUAAACCCGAAGAAAUAAGAAAAGCCAACGAAGCAAUCAAACAAGAACUUACUGCCCUUCAAAAAGAGUUGCAAGGCAACCAGCCAGGCGACGAUGUCAUUGCAACACUGGAGGAUUUGCAAAACGUUGGACUAAGUGGACAGGAGUGGAAUCACGGAGAGAAUAAAAAAGGAUUCGCAAAAAUUAAUGGUGAACUUCAACAUCAACAAAAUACGCUGUCCACUCAGCCCACUGAUAUUCAGACAGGCAUUCAAGACAUCACCGGUGAGCCUGACAGCCUUAGACAGCAGUUGAAUGAUGGCGUCACCGAUAAGUUGACGGAACUGAAAAGCAAGGGGCUAACUGAUAAGGAUUGGAAAAAAGAAAACAAAUAUAGAAGGGCAUGGAAAUUUCAUAAGGAACAUCAUCAUCAUCCCUCACUCCAUCAAGAACUCCAUGAAGGAAAGACAUCACCCCGUCGCAGAGCCUGUCAAGGUCCGAGUACACGAUGCCGGAGCCGGUGUAGCCUUUGGAAUUCUCAUCGUACCCCAAGAAUGUUUGGAGACCAUCGCAGAGAUUUGUUAAAAGAUUUUUGCAUUCCUCACCUGCCUCAGUAA